CCCAGUGUUCACGCCAUAAAAGCCAUCUCUCUCUCUCUCUCUCUCUCUCUCUCUCUCUAACAUUGUGUAAGCAAUUCUAAAACAAAAUCACACGAACCAGACCACCAUUACAUAGAUCUCUUCGCUCUUUCAUACGUUUCGCACUUCCCCAUUCUUGUAUUCUUUGUCGCCUAUAUUUACUCCCACACUCCUGGAUUCAUUUCUAUAUAUCUUUCUCUAUCAGAUACAGACACACCAAGUGCAAAGUCCUUUUCUCAAUUAAUCAAUAAAAGUAUCGGGUCAAAUAUCAGCUGCGAUAUCACUAGUUAUUGUUGUUGGAUGCUCUCUUUUUCUCACCAGUUCAUGGGUGCAAGAAGGCUCUUAAAGGACUUUAUGAGCCAUAAAGCAACAUACCCACAACCAAAAUCUCAUAGUUUUGUGUUAUAAGAUACAAAUUUUGAUUUUUAUUAUUAUUAUUAUCAAUGGAGGAAGGAAAAGAUCCUCCUACAACAGUUAUAAGUAGGUCAAACCAAUCUAGGGCUUUACCACAAAGACUUGUUCAAUUACUUGCUUUAUUUCUACUUUUAUGUUUUGCCAUAUCAUUAUUUAGUAUAUAUAUGAUCCGUAAAACCGGAGUAGUAACAACAGUGACAUCAGCAAUCCCCAUGUUGCAACCAUGUAUACAAGUACAACCAAAGAACAAUCUUGACCAUUGGAUCACACCUCCUUCGAAUCUUGUCCACACAAUGAGUGAUAAAGAGCUAUUUUGGAGAGCUUCAUUUGUUCCACAGUUAAAAAAGUAUCCAUUUGCAAGAGUCCCAAAGAUUGCCUUUAUGUUCUUGACUAAAGGCCCAUUACCAUUGGCUCCUUUGUGGGAGAGGUUCUUUAAGGGGCACAACAGUCUUUAUUCUAUUUACAUUCAUUCACUUCCAUCAUUUCAAGCUCGUUUUCCAUCAACAUCUGUUUUUUAUCAGAGACAGAUACCAAGUCAGAUAGCGGAAUGGGGUAGAAUGAGCAUGUGUGAUGCAGAAAGGAGACUCCUAGCCAACGCACUUCUGGACAUCUCAAACGAAUACUUCAUUCUUGUAUCGGAAUCAUGCAUUCCACUCUACAACUUCACCAUAACAUAUCGUUACAUAACACGAUCCAAAUACAGUUUCAUGGGCGCCUUUGAUGACCCGGGCCCAUUCGGGCGGGGCCGCUACAACCCCAACAUGCUGCCCGAAGUCAACAUUUCCCAAUGGAGAAAAGGCUCUCAAUGGUUUGAAGUCAACCGAAAACUCGCAUCCAUUAUCAUAUCCGAUGUCACAUUUUACCCAAAAUUCCUCCAGUUUUGUAGGCCGGCUUGUUAUGUUGAUGAGCAUUAUUUUCCAACUUUGUUAACAAUCCAAGCACCGAAACUCCUUGCAAACAGGAGUUUGACUUGGGUUGACUGGUCCAGGGGUGGGCCCCACCCUGCGACUUUUGGGGCGAUGGAUAUUAAUGAGGAAUUUAUGAAGAAACUUCAUGAAGGUCGGGAAUGUGUUUAUAAUGAUAAGCCGUCUUUGAUGUGUUAUAUGUUUGCAAGGAAAUUUGCUCCAAGUACUUUGGAAAGGCUGCUUCGUUUUGCAUCUGAAUUUUUGGGGUAUUGAUUUGAUUGGAAUUGGAAUUGGAAAGUUUUAAGACAGUUUUGUGGGAUAUAUCAUCAUAUAUAGAUUAUGAAAUGAAUAGUUUCUUUUCUUGCCUA